AUGGAAGAGGAUAAUCCUGGAGAGUCUUCUACGUCAAAAUCUCCCGCAGUAAUUAGACCAGAUAAAAGGAAAGGUGUUAUAGGGAAAGGAAAACCCUUCUAUUCGAUGUCAACUCUAGAGUUUGCAUCAGAUUACGUUUCUGAAGAGGUGACGGAUAAACUCAUAAAGAAUUAUAGAAGUCAGUUGGAGAAUUUCGUGAAAGCUAGCUCAUCAUCAACAAGUGAUUACAGUUCACUCAGGGGCGCUAUAUUUAAGCGGAUCGCUCACAGAAAGUUAAUAAAAGGAGGAACGUUUAGAGCUCGCCCUUUAUUUUCAUCAACUUUCUCUUACUUCGGGAUUAAUAAUUCAAAUCUAUCAAUACCUACUCGGAACAAACUGCUGUUCAGUGACAUUAGUGAGAUUGUUCCUAACAUGUACUGUAUUCCAACUCAAAAGAAUGAUGCGUCUUUUGAUGCAUUCGUUUUUCCCGACACAUUCUUCCAGAUGACAGUUUCCGAGAGUCAUCCUAUUAUAAAGAGUGGAUUGGAAAAAUAUAUUAACUAUAAUAAUAGUUCAGAUAUCAAAUUUUAUUUUGUAGUACCGAAGGAAAUAUAUAGUUCUUAUCGAGAGCAGGUUCUUUAUACAACAAAGAGAACUGUUCUUAAGAAUAAUCCACCUUGGAUUAAUCGUCUUAGGCAAUAUGCCCUGGAAAUUGACCUGAAAUUAUAG